UUUUUCUGUGUUAACAUUCCUAACUAUUUGACGUCAUGAAAACAACAUUUUAGUUAAAUAAAAAAUAUACAUACAUACAUACAUACAAAUCUAUGUGAAAAAAUUAUUGCUUCAGAAAUAUUUUGUCCAAGCCGUUAAAAUAGUUAGCAAAAUUGUUUUUGUAAACAUUCGGCGCAAAUUUUGAAAAUUUUGUUACGUUUCUCUAUCACUUCAGCAAAAUCUUGCUAAAACUUGAAUCUGAGGAAACACAUGUCUGCAUUCAAGAAAAUGUUCAAUCUUUUACGGCCGAAUAAAAUCAGUGGUAGCAUAUUGGAUGUGAGGACCAUGAGUGACAAAAGUGUGCCUUCCAACUACUCGGGCAAUACUCGGCCCAGUGUGUAUACCUUUAGAAAUGGUUAUAGUGUUGCAUGCAGAGCAUCGACCACGUCAACAAGAUCAGAAGUAUCCCAUGUUAACUACGCCAAUGAGCUAAAUAACUGGCGGCAAAUAGAACCGAACACCACAUUGCCUUUGCCAAGCAAUUCUAUUAUGCCGGGUUACUAUGGUCAAUAUGGUUUCUCCGAUCCGUAUCCAACAACUAUGCAAUACCAAAACUCUAGUUAUGGCUACCCAUUUUUGCCUGAAAAUCAAUUGAUGCCACCAGAGGCUCCGUUGUUUCCAGAUAAUCGUUUGAUGGGCGUUGAUAGCCCAUUGCCAGCAAUGCCCAGCAUAACACCGAUGCCCGAAUCGAGAGGUAUGCGACCUGAUGCAUUUAGAUCUGGUAUGGUUACUAUACCACUGGAUAAGUUAAAGAGGAUGCGCGCAGCUAAAGAUUUAUAUAACAUUUUGAAUUAUUUGGAAAGCGAUGAAGCAUUUUUGAGAAAAAGCAAAACAAGUAAAACAAAGAAAAGUAGCAAAAAAAUACUUUAAACUUGAUCCAAUUUAAAUUU